AACUAUAAAUCUGAAGUACUCAUCAAUUUUAUUUAUUUAUAUUUUUUUGUGGUUUCUUCGCCGUUGAUAUCUGCAGGCCUUUCAUGAAACCCUUGUUUAAUUAUUUAAUUUUCCUCACGGGUUCAGGCUAACUUUCACGAAGAUACAUAUAACUGGCUUGGAGGUCUUGGACUAUGAUGAGAAACUUACAAGGUUGAUGUGAUUAGUUGUCCGAAAUUGCAUCCUGGAACUUGUUUAUGUGGUAAAAGUUUCUAGGCUUUUGUUGGACAUGAAUUGGUGGUGAAGAUUGUCGAGCGAUUGACGCAAUCAAACUUAAUAAACAUGAAGUUUUAGUCUAACAAAUUUAUUUAUGUUCUCCUUUUGGGCUUAAGACUACUAUACUAAUGAGGACAAAGCGCUCAAGAAGUGAUCUCAGAAAUGAAAAUGCAGAAAAACUUUCUGUCCCGCCAGGGUUUGCAUCUCUGACAUCCUUUAGGUUGAAGAAGGUAGAAACUAGUGUACAAAAUGGUAAUUCCACACCAUCUACCAGUGUGUCCAAAGGAAAGACAAUCCAGAUGGAUGACACGACUGACAUGAUUGAUGUUGCAACAUUAAAGAGAUUUUUUCAGCAUCGGCCAAGCAUACUGCAUGGCCAGAAAAAUCAGAACCUAGUGGAAUCAAACUUUGAACAAGUUGACAUGGAUAUUCCUUCAGAAACCUCCCUUCCAAAAGGGGUUGCCUAUGGAUGUGCAGAUUGCAGUAAUUGUCUAAAGGUAACGGCAAGCUGGCGUCCUGAGGAUGGAAGAAAUGAUGUCCUUGAAGAGGUUCCUGUUUUCCACCCUACAGAAGAGGAAUUCAGAGAUACACUGAAGUAUAUUGCAAGUGUACAUUCAAGAGCAGAGGGAUAUGGAAUUUGCCGGAUCAUACCUCCUCCUUCGUGGAACCCACCCUGCCUUAUUAAGGAAAAGAAUAUCUGGGAAACUGCUCCAUUUAUGACGCACAUUCAACGGAUAGAUGGGCUUCAAGAUGAGCAUAUAAAGAGUAAAAUUGUAAGCUGUAAGAGAAAUAGUGUUACAAUGGAUAAAGAUCAUGAAGUUGGUGAAGGAUACAGCAUGAAUUGUGAUGGAGUUGGAUGCUCUAACACUGAUGGCUUUGCAUCUGAACUUGAUCCAAAAUUUACUCUUGAAUCUUUCAAGAAAUGUGCUGAUGAUUUCAAAAGCCAGUAUUUUCGCUCUAGUAAGGAUUUGUUUGCAAAUAUGGAUUCAGAUGGGUGUUCAAAGCAAUGGAAACCAUCAGUGGAGAAUAUCGAGGGUGAGUAUAGACGAAUUACUGAGAAUCCUACUGAAGAAAUGGAGGUGCUUUAUGGUAGCAACCUGGACACUGGAGUUUUUGGCAGUGGAUUUCCCACCAAAUCCAGUAUUUCAAAUACAGAUGAAUAUCUGGAAUCGGGCUGGAAUCUAAAUAAUACACCUAGGCUUGCAGGUUCUCUUCUUUCUUUUGAAAGCAACAAAACUUGUGGUGUCUUGGUGCCUCGACUGAACAUUGGAAUGUGCUUCACAACAUUUUGUUGGAAAGUUGAAGAGCACCACUUGUACUCACUCUGUUACAUGCACCUGGGUGACCCCAAGAUAUGGUAUGGUGUCCCAGGUAGAUAUGCUGUUAAGUUUAAAGCUGCUAUGAAGAAGUACCUGCCAGAUGUGUUGGCGGAAGAUCUUACAUUGCAUGAUAGGGUGAUUGCCAAACUAUCCACUUCUGCAUUGAAGUCUGAAGGUAUACCUGUUUAUCGUUGCAUUCAGAAUCCACGAGAGUUUGUUCUUGUCCUUCCAGGAGCAUAUUAUUCAGGAUUUGAUAGUGGCUUUAAUUGUUCUGAGGUAGUAAAUGUUGCUCUACUUGAGUGGUUGCCACAUGGGCAGCUUGCAGUAGAAGUCUACUCUGAACAGGGGAGGAAGACUUCAAUUUCCCAUGACAAGCUGUUGUUGGGUGCAGCUAAGGAAGCUGUGAGGGCACAGUGGGAAGUUUCACUCUUGAGGAAGAGCACCAUAGAUAAUUUAAGAUGGAAAGAUGCCUCUGGAAAGGAUGGGAUCUUAGCAAAAGCGCUCAAGACACGAAUGGAGAUGGAAGACAAUAGAAGGAAAUAUCUGUGCACCCCUUCUCAGUCAGAGAAGAUGGACACAAAAUUCGAUGCUGUCAGCAAAAGGGAAUGCAGCAUAUGCUUCUAUGAUUUACACCUUUCUGCAGUACGCUGUUCAUGCUCCAUGGACAGAUACUCUUGUCUGAAUCAUGCAAAACAGCUAUGUUCCUGUGCUUGGAGUGAAAGGAUCUUCGUAUUCCGAUAUGAAAUUAGCAAGCUGAAUAUACUUAUUGAAGCCUUGGAAGGGAAAUUAAGCGCAGUCUACAGGUGGGCUAGAGAAGAGCUUAAACUGUCAUUGUACUCAUAUAUCUCCAAAGAUGAUUCAGAAGCACCCAACCAUAUCGGUAGCCCAGAAUUUCACUCAGAAGAAUCAAAAGAGAAAAAACAUCAAUCACAACGUGUUGCAACACCUUAUGGCAAUGAGAGGAGUGCUGUUUCUAGCAUAAAGGAAGAAGUGAAGGCACGAAUGCUCCAUCUAAGAUCCUUGAAUGAACAAAUGGAAAAGGAGAACUCAAAAGUGUCUACAUUUGUUACAGGGGAACAAAAGCCAAGGGAGAGCCCAAAAGUGUCUGCAUUUGUUACAAGUGAAGCCGUGGAUGAUGCUUCUUUAUUAUUGAAAUGUGAAGUCUCAUCUGAUAGUACAAGCUCCUCUAGCUCCUCGGAGUUGGGGGAAUGGGAUAUUGGCGUGUAGUUUUGGCGAAAAUUUGUGUUCUUUCUGCUUCCAUCCUAUGUUCCUGCUGCUUCAGGUCACUUCCAUAUUUGGAGAAGUAGUUUUUUCAAAUUGGACAGAAAUUUAGUCUUUCGAUUAGACUUCUGACAAUCUCGAUACGUAAAGAUGUGUUAAUCUCUUUGUAGGGGGACCCCUCGAAACCAUUUUUCUUCUCCAGAGCUGGCUUCUUUUUGGAUGAUCGUGCAACCUCACAAGAAAAGUAUCUGGAUAACGCGGUGUAUGGAUUAUGAUGGUCCCAGAUAAUGCGUUGAUGCUGUCCCCAAUCCUGUAUGCCGAAAUAUGAAAUCGACUUGAAGCCAGCAGUUGGCCUGACUGUAAA